AUGCCUUACAACACUCGUCGCAAAUCUCUCUCCCUACCAUCUCUCGGUAUCCACGUGCCUAGCUCCUCACGCAUUCACCGCCCAUCUCUAAAGUCAACGCAGGACUCGGAGUCGCUACAGUCACCUCCUUCCAAAAAAUUAAAACGCUCCCAUACCAACGAUGAGCCCCUGUCGCCAGUCUCAUCUCCUCGUUCCAAGGUUGGUUCUCCAGCACUCGAUGAGAUCGCUGCAACAACGUUUGCCAAUCAAAGACAUGCAGCCGAACAAACUCCUCCUCCCUCACCUGGAUCGAGACCUCAGUUUCGCAAAGUUGACAUCGAUGGAAUCAACGACGACAUUGUCAUUGGGGUCAUUGAGCAGCUCGAAAAGACGGGCAAUCGCCCACACCUCAUCAGAGAUCUAGCGACUAUCCUGGCCUCGACCAAUAACAGUAUUGCUCAUUCUGCUAAUCCAGCCGCCCUCCUCUCAUCCCGUCUGAGUCUAUACCUGAAACGACCAUGGACUGCUUUGUCACCAUGUCCCUUGGCCAAGGAGUUGAUACCGGUUCACCCGAGAAAGGUCUUCUUCUUCUUAACUACUCAACCACGAAUGCCCCUACCAGAAUCGUCUGAUGACAUUCUACCACCCCCUCUUAUCCCCGCCAAGAACCUCACCCCCAGCGUUUCCGAUCACAGCCAGAUCGAUGAUUUGGAAUUGGACCAAAGAGAUCGCUCUCGAAUGUCCCCUAGUCCAGAGGUAGAACUAUACUCCCCGGAACUAGACCAGGACGAUUCCAUGCAGCCUACCACACCAGGCGACCACUUUAGUGCUAGGAGCAGUCUUAACCCGGAUGGUACUCCCGAAGUCCGACGCCGGCCAAAUCGUGCUCCUAGUCCUCCACUAGAGGCUGACGAACGUGGCUUUACCGAGACUGCUACUGCUGUGCGUGCUCGUGGCAUGAGUCUUCGUAACCCAACCAUUCAAGAAUCGGUCGAAAGCGACAAACAAGUCUCAAUAGUCGAGGUCUCCGAGGAAACCCCUGAAAUGCGACAAAAGAGAGAUCGCGAGCUAGGAAUGGAACUUUUCGGUACCUCACAUUCCGGGCUACAGGCCCCAGAACAGAAACUCCUCAUCAGCAGUCCGAUGAUUCCUGCUCGACAAGACCAUCACUCAACCAUGACCAAGAUGAAUCUCACAUUAAACCUUGAUGACAUUGACAUGUUCGAGUCUGCUUGGACACUCAAAAGCCCCGAGCAGAUGGACAUUGAAGAGCUUGAGGAUUUGUUCACUGGUUUUUGA